AUGGCAGAUUUAUGGGAUGAUAAUGACGAUGACGAUGAUAUCCUAGAACUAGUGAAUAGACCUCCGAUGAGCCAGAUGGCGGUACCUAUUAAACCGCCAGAAUCACAAGCUGAACAGUUAAUGAAAGCGAAGGGAGAAGUGGGAGUCUUGAGGCAGAAGCUGAGUAUGCUCGAAAAGACUCUAAGGGAACAUGAUGAUAAUCAGAAAAAGCUGGAAUCAAGUCUGAAAAGUUCUCAUGAAGAGGAAGUUACGAAGCUUAAAAUCGAAUUGGAACGACUUGAAGAUGAACGAAAGUUCAUGUUACUGGAACAGAAACAUUUAUUUACCCCCAGAAAUAGCAGCAAGUCUGAAACUACCCACGAAACUGAAACUGCUGAACCAUCACCAAUUGAAAAUAAAAGAAGAAGGAUGGAACCCGUUAAAGAAUACGUUACAUUGACUCAGAAUUUCAAAGUAGACGAUGGUUCCCUUUUCUAUGAUCAUUUGCUGAAUUUUAAACUACUUGGUUCUGAGCACACAGUUCUAGAAAUGCUCGAUCACAUUUGUACUUAUAAGACAGAUCUUAUUUUGAGCCCGGAACACAAAAUAAUUAAGGCCAGGUUGCCUCUUGGCCCUCCUAUUAGAUCGUUGAUAUUUAAAUGGAAAUCCAUUUACACCCUCGAUCAACUAGUUGAUAAAACACUAGAGAUCUUGGCUAUUGCUAUAAAAUCAGUAAGUGUACUUCCGGAAAAUAAACUUGCCAUCCCUUUCCUCAUAUCUUUGAUGCAUUGUACAAUCAAUUUUAGACAUAGUGCGACCAGUGUUAGUUCACUGAAGGAUGUAUUUCAAUUCAUUACAGAUUUUAUCAUCUCUGAUCCUAAAUUUUUGAAACAGCCAUUGCAUGAGAGUCCUUUGGAUUUAGACGUUUCUCCAGACGUGUUUCAAUAUUCAAUGCUUGAUCAAUUAUGCAUGACUUAUUCGUUCGAUGUCCUAGAGACAUGUAUUGUAAUAUUGCUAAACUGUAAUACGCGGGCACAGGAAAUAGUAUUGAAUGACGCUACUAUUGCAGAGAACCUCAUAAAAUGUUGCAAUUUUACUUUAUCAAUUUCAUAUAAGCCAAUAAUGCCAAUCAUCGUCAACGUAACGGAAAUAUUACUCGGUAUAGUUGAAUUGGAUGGUGCUGAAAACGUUUGGAAAGGCAAAUGGGCAGUAUUGUUCUCAAAAUUAAUUCAAAAUUGGGAGAGAUCACUUACUUUUGACUCUGUGUCACUCAACUUUGCGGGUUUAAAUAGGUGCUGUGGCGAUAACUCCAAUCAUUCAAUGAUAGAUAAUAUUAUAAGUCUCGAAGAAGUUCGAUAUUUACCCAUGAUUAUAGAGAACGAGUUUGAACCUCUCACUUUCACAGCAUUAGAUAACCUAGAGUAUUGGUCAAUUCAGAUACAAAUUAAUAUUACAUUAAUAAUGCAUAAACUGCUUCAUCGAUACCGAUCCACUCUAUGUUCGUUGGAAUUUCUACAAAAGACUUUUUCUCUUUUCAGUAGUCAUCAAGAGUUAUUACUUACUGUGUUCUUGGAUAGGGACCAUAUCAGUGAUAUUAAGAGACAGGAAUUGUUAUCAGUUUUAUUAAAAUUGAUAUACUUCUGUUGGGUGUCGAUAAGUGACGAGUAUAAACGUGCCUUAAGGCUAGACGAACUGACAAUCUGUCUAUGGCGUAUUGUAUAUGGGUGGCCUGAGUCGACAGAUGAAUUAUCCACAGAAUGGGCUGCCCUAAUAAAUCCAUUGAAAGCAUUGGCGUUAGAGGAAGAGAAGAAAUACUUUGAUGACGCUUAUGAUGAAGAUAAUUUACCAGCAUUCAUGCACUCCGAGGAAUUGGACAUAAAAAGGGAAUCUGCAGUUUCAAAAUUUAAUAACAACAGCUCAUGGCCAUUGAGAGACAUGGCUAAAUAUAUUCUCGAAAGCAUAACCACUAUGGAUGAAGCGGAUUCAUUGUAUGUAGCCAUGGUUAGUGAAACUUGA